UUUAGAAGGCAUGCAGCAGCCUCGGUGAAGAGAGAGAGAGAGAGAGAGAGAGAGAAAGAGAGAAGAGCGGCAGCUUCCGUUAUGCACAGACAGGCAGAAAUAUGUCUCUUGCUGAAAAGCAGCAGUCUUUGUCUUCCACAAACACACACUGUACACACACUUUUCCAGCAGCAAGUGCAUACGCUCCCACCCCCCAGCAGCUCUUCAGUGGGAAAGUGUGUAUGCUGUGCAUGAUAUCCAGUGGGAUCCAGCAGUGAGAAACAAAGAAGCAGGAGGGAAAUUAGUCAUGCAUAGAGUCUCACUGCACUCUGAAACCAUCAGCAACCUGUGAGUGUGAAAAGAGAACCAUAUCAUCAGAAGAGCUUCCUCUCUGCAUCUGCGAGCCUCGUGAAGAUUCCUUUGGAAACCUAGAAGAGGAAGAAGUCUGACACUGGAGACACUUGAACAGAAUUGCUGAUGUGGAUCUUGUCAAGGGUCAGUUCUGGGUAUAUGGUGCAGUGAUCCAACCUGAAUAAGGAAGAUAAAGGGCAUGGCGGGCAUUACUGCCUUGGGUUUGCUGGGCCUUCUACUGCUUCAGAUCACAGCUCCAGUAUGCCAUUGCCAAGGUUGUCCACAAGCCUGUGACUGUGUACCCCAGAGAAAGUCUGUGAAUUGUCAGAACAAGCACCUGAAUUCUUUUCCAAAUGGAACUCCAGCUGACACAAGAUCGCUAGACAUGAGUAGAAACCAGUUGCGUUGGGUUGAGCAUGGUGACUUGGAAGCCUACACACGUUUGGAGGACUUAGAUCUUAGUGAGAAUCUCAUCAGUGUGCUUGAGCCCAAUGCUUUUUCCAGCUUGCUUAAUCUACGUGUGUUACGCCUGCGUGCCAACCAGUUGAAGCUGGUGCCAAUGGGUGCCUUCUCACAUCUUGCCAAUCUCACAGUUUUGGACUUGAGUGGAAAUAAAUUGGUCAUAUUGGUGGAUUUUACUUUCCAAGAUCUUCGGAGGCUCCAACAAUUGGAGGUGGGCGACAAUGAUUUGGUGUAUAUAUCAAACAAGGCAUUCCUGGGCUUGACUGGUUUACGAGAACUUACUAUUGAGAGGUGCAACCUGACCUCUAUCUCAGGACAAGCUCUUUCCUAUCUCCGUGGCUUGGUGUCACUACGACUACGCUACCUCAAUAUUGUCUCAUUAGAGGAGCAGAACUUUCAUAAGCUAGGUGGACUGCGGGGUCUUGAGAUUGACCACUGGCCAUUUUUAGAGUACAUUUCCCCAUAUAGUUUCCAAGGCCUCAGUUUAUCCUGGCUUUUCAUUACCAACACCAACAUUACUACAGUUCCAUCCGGUGCACUUCGUAAUCUUAUCCAUUUAUCCAGUCUGAAUCUGUCCCACAAUCCCAUUUCUGUCCUUGAAUCUUGGGCUUUGCGUGAUCUGGUUAAUUUGAAGGACUUACACCUUGUGGGCACCAACCUGAUGUGCGUGCAGCCUUAUGGCCUUGGAGGUCUGCAGCAGAUACGUUUACUUAACCUGUCCAACAAUAGGCUAGCAACACUAGAAGAAGGCUCUUUUCACUCUGUAAACACCUUGGAAAUGCUUCGGGUUGAUGGUAACCCUCUGUCCUGUGACUGCCGUUUGUUGUGGAUCUUGCAGCGUCGGAAGACCCUUAACUUCGACGGCAAAUUCCCAGUUUGUGCAAGACCGGUUGAGGUGCAAGGUAAAGCUCUCAGCGCCUUCUCUGACUCAGCACUCCUUGACCACUUCACAUGCCAGCGACCGAAAAUCCGCAACCGCAAACUACAACAGCUAUCUGCACGUGAGGGUCAGGUUGUAUCAUUUUAUUGUCAAGCAGAUGGAGACCCAACUCCAACCAUCUUCUGGAUUUCACCUCAGCGCCGCCGGAUCACUACUAGAAGCACUGGUCGUCUUAUAGUGUUGCCAGAGGGCACUUUAGAAAUCCACUAUGUCCAAGUAACAGAUAGUGGAACCUACAUAUGCAUUGCCAGCAAUGCAGGUGGCAAUGACACCUACUUUGCCACAUUAACUGUCACUGGGGUUCCCUUGGAUGCCGGUCUUUUAGCAAAUCGCACCUAUGUAGGUGACCUCAAUGACAGUAAUCUGAAUGACACACGGGUCUUCCUAAAGUUCACAUUAGACCUCAAGACCAUUUUGGUCUCCACAGCAAUGGGUUGUAUAACUUUUUUGGGUGUGGUCAUAUUCUGCUUCUUGCUUUUGUUUGUGUGGAGUCGUGGACGUGGACAGCACAAAAACAACUUUUCAAUGGAGUACUCUUUCAGAAAGGUGGAUGGCCCGUCAACCAGUGGAGGCCAAGGCGGGGCUCGAAAAUUCAAUAUGAAAAUGAUAUAGAGGUAUAAAUCAAAGGUCUUCUCAAAGGUGUCUUCUGUGUACAACUGGUAACUAGGUGUUACACAGAAGAUCUAUAUGAUGUAUGUGUUUUUUCAGUAUUUUUUUCAUAAUUGUAUGUUUUAUAAACAGUUUGCCUACCAUUAGCACAACAUUCUAAAGAGACACUUAACUUAUACCAGCAAUACAUUUAUGCCCUGAUUUACUAAGACCUCAAAUAAAGCGUUUAUAUGUGUGCAUUUUGAUAAUUUGUGUGUCCUUCUUGUUGUGAAGUUAGUGGGGUCGCAGGUGACUACUAUCUAUGGUAAUAACUUGCAAAUAAAAUUGCAUGUGCUAAUUGUAGGAUAGACAGGUUGAAUUUAUAUCUCAAUGAUCCUUUGGAAGACUAAACAUACACGUGCCACAGAUUCUGUAUGCAUGAUUGUGAGUAUUAUGCAGUGGUCAGGAAAAAAAACAAGAUGCAAAAAAUUAUAUGUAGACAUAAUUGUAUGUUUUGUGAAUAAGCUGUUUUGUGAAAAAGUUUGUCACAGACAAACCUUUAGUAAAUCAGGGCCUGUGUUCUAGGUUGUGGAACUUUGUUCACAUGUAAUGUAUAUUUAUACGCAAAAGUUCUGUUUGAACAUCUCCUAUAUAGCCAGUGUUUUUAGUACAAGUUUGUUGUAGAUGUUUAUUUUAUGAUUUCUGCAUUAUUGAGUCACUACAAAAAUAUUUCCAAACAAUACGUUUCCAACAUAAAAUGAAAAGUUACAGAAAAAAUGUUUGCAUGUCAGUAAAGAAUCAAUGAAGCAAGUGUGAUGGUGAAAGUCUCCCGAAGAUCCGCAGCAAGUUAUUCGAAAUGCUCAGUAAAACAUAUCAUCCAAUUUUCUUAUAACAUUGCACGAGUUGUACCCCAAACUACUGAUGUCUUUUCAUUGCAAAAAAGGUAAACUAUGUAUAUGUACUGUAUAUACAGUGCCUUAAAUAUCAUCAGCUUUGUUUGGAUUACAAAUUCUAUCCAGCCAGUAUUUUGCCACAUUCCAAUAUGCUUUUAAAGGAAAUUUCUGAAGUCAAAAUUUUUUAAUUCACAGCAAAAUACUUGGUAGAAACUUCAUCAAUGACCAUUACUUAAAUUUGCAGAACCAUCUCUUUGUCUUCAUUUGUCAUUUAGAAAAAUAAAUAAAGAGCACCUGACUUGGGUUGAUUUAUUUAGUCAUUAUUUACACAGCCAUCUUCUCACAGACAAGAUACUGAAGGGGCUAUACAUGAAUUCUACAUUAGGGGUAGGACCUUGUCCGAUGUAUGCCAUAUCAUGCCCACCAUCUGUGGCCAGAAGUGCUGGUUUCCAAGGCUUCAGUUUAUCCUGGCUUUUCAUUACCAGCACCAACAUUACUAAAGUUCCAUCUGGUGCCCUAAUCUUAUCCAUUUAUCCAGUCUGAAUCUGUUCUUUGCAUGAUCUGGUCAAUUCCUUCAGACUUACACCUUGUUGGCACCAACUUGAUGUGCAUGCAGGCUUAAGGAGGUCUUGGCGGUCUGCAGCAGAUACGCUUACUUAACCUGUCCAACAACAGGCUAGUAACACUAGAAUCUGGUUCUGUUCAUUCUGUAAGCACAUUGGAAAUGCUUGGUUUUUGCCUUAUUUAUGCAUGAAGUUAACAUUUACAGCUCCUGGCUCCAGCUGCUAAAGAGGAUAGAUGGAAUGUCAGAAGUCAGAAGCCCUGGUUACUGCAGUUUUCCAUCUCCAUCUGCUGGAUCUUCACAUCUUUAAAUAACCUGCUUCAAGAAAAUUCCUAAUGACUGCGCUAUAAAGUACUAAUGUGCUGACAAUAGAAAAAAAUUUUUUUUCCUCUAUUGGUCCAUGAAGAGAAUUUUUGGACACCUGGGAACUUCUCUCUGAGACCAAGCUUCAUCUCUGACCCAACAGCAGCAAGGUCAUAUUUCACUGAGAGGGAUAUGGCACAGAAUGCUUCAGUAACCUGAGAUGUGGUGUAUAAGAUUGCACACACUGUUACAGUGUGGUUUGUUUGUGCUCCAAAAAAUACUUCUGAUGCUCUUCUAAAGCAUACUUACAUUGCUAUUUUUUGACACUGUGAUCUUCUGUUCUGUUUCCCAUCUGUUUGAAAGGAGAGGAAGCUCUGCUUCAUGUGUUGCAGCACAUAUAGCUGCUUCGAGCUGUUGGUGUUGAUGAUGUGGUGUUGUUUUAAUCUGUCUGCACUAAACUGAUCACUGAGAUGCACUUUGCAUAGACAUCUUUGAUGUUAGGGCACACAGUCAAGAAUGAAUUCAGUCUACAGAAGUAGCCUCUCUUAGGUAUAUUUGCUCAUCUUUGCCUACUUUUUAACAACGCAUCCUGAUGUUAUGACUUCAAAACAGGGUCAUUUAAAAAAAAAAACUCUUUUGGUUAUAUGAUUAGAGGUGGGGUCAAAGGGGUCUUUAGGGAUGCUGAUCAGGUGCAGACAGAUUCAAAUUUCAUAAUAACAUUCCAACUAAAUUGUUGUUUCAAAUAUAAAAAAAUUUAAAUACAUACAAGGAAAAAUAUCUUUGAAAAACCUAAUUUGUUUCAGCAAAAUUUUAGGGGUCAGACUGCGGAACAAAGGUACAAUCCAUAGAACAUGCAAACUCAAAUUUUCAAAGGGAGUUUAUUUGAUGUAUGAGUACUAAACUUGCUGUCACAUUGAAAUGAUUCCAUUUCCAUUUAGACAUUUAUAUAGAAAGUUUUAUGAGGGGAGUAGUGUUUUGCACUUCUUUAUACACCAUUCAAUAUUUGUGCCUAAUUUCUAUACAUUUUUGCACAUUAAUCAAAUAGAUUCAUGAGAUGGAGGUGCAGUGGAUAUAAUAAGUCUACACACUGGUUUCAGACAUGUGCACACCCUUUUCUAAUGGUGCAGGUGGCUGUGCUCAGAAUUAAGCAGUCACAUGCAAACUCCUGUUAAAUGCAAUGAUCCUAUACCAGGUGAUUCUGAUUAACCCCAAAUAAAGAUGGUCUGUUUCUGGAGGAUUUUAUUUGACAACAUCUUGAUUUCAUCCGACUGCUGGACCACAAAGAGCUUACAUGUACUGUGGAACACCAUGAAGGCCAUCAUCAACAAGUGAAGAAAACAGGACACAGCAUUGACAUUACAAAGACAGGAUGUUUUUUUGCUAUAUCACAUUUGUUGUUAUUCUUUUGGCUGCUCCCUGGUUGGGGUUGCCACAACGGAUCAUUUGGUCUGCAUGCUUUAAUUAGGAACAGGUUUUUGUGCCGGAUGCCCUUUCUGACGCAACCCUCCCAUUUUAUCCAGGCUUGGGACCGACACUGAGAGUUAACUCUUGGGGCCACUGAUGUUUGUUGACUUCUGAGGUUUAUUGCUGGAGGAACAGAAUGAUUAAUUAGAUAAAAUGUCAUACUCGCCUGUUACUGGCAUGUUAUUUUCUACAUCUGUGGAACUGUAAAGUUUUUAAAUUGCAAUUUUUUGAUAUAGCAUCAUUUGUUGAUUGUAAAUUAUGCCUCAAAUGAUUAAACAACAAAUUUGUGUGA